GCAGUGAUGACUCGGGCUAAUUAGCGGUCAUUGACUCAUUGGAGCCCAAUAUCAAGGCCCAAUCAGCGAACUCAAAACCCAUUACCCAAGAGGGCAAAGCCCAGCAACAAAACAACCAGGCAGGCAACUCCAAGUUGGCCGCGCAAACGGUAACCCGAGCAGAUUCGAAAUUCAAAAAAACAUCCCGAAAACCAACGGCCGCCCAUUCCUUUGAAUCUCCUUUGCAUCGCAGCCGUCCAUCUCUCCUGGCACAUCCCAAAUCAACGGUCCUCCUUCUCCCUCUCCACGCUCCGGAGAAAGGAAUAAGAGAGUGAACUCGCAUCGCAGGACGAAGACUCAGAUCACCAUAGCCAUCGACUGAGAGAUAGAAAGAGACUAGAGAGAGAUGGAGAAACCUGUGACCACGGCGUCAGUGAUGGAGUUGUUCGAGAAGCUGGAGAAGGUCGGCGAAGGGACGUACGGCAAGGUGUACAGAGCGAGGGAGAGAGCGACGGGGAAGAUCGUGGCUCUGAAGAAGACCCGACUCCAUGAGGACGACGAAGGAGUUCCUGCGACCACUCUUCGCGAGGUCUCCAUCUUGCGAAUGCUCUCCAGGGAUCCUCAUGUAGUGAGAUUGUUGGACGUUAAACAAGGGCUGAGCAAAGAAGGGAAAACGGUUCUGUACCUGGUGUUUGAGUACAUGGAGACUGAUCUGAAGAAAUACAUCAGGAGCUUCCGCCAAACUAAAGGCACCAUUCCUACGGACAUUGUUAAGAGCUUGAUGUAUCAGUUGUGUAAGGGUGUCGCAUUCUGUCACGGGCAUGGGAUCUUGCACAGGGACCUCAAGCCCCACAAUCUGUUGAUGGACAAAAAGACAAUGAUGCUUAAGAUUGCAGAUCUUGGACUCGCUCGUGCAUUUACUCUCCCUAUCAAGAAGUACACACAUGAGAUCCUGACUCUCUGGUAUAGAGCUCCUGAAGUCCUCUUAGGAGAUACCCACUACUCUGUUGCAGUCGACAUAUGGUCCGUUGGCUGCAUCUUUGCUGAAUUAGUGAAUCUGCAAGCCAUAUUCCAAGGAGAUUCAGAGCUGCAGCAGCUUUUGCAUAUUUUCAGACAGCUGGGUACACCAAAUGAAGAGAUAUGGCCUGGAGUCAGCAAACUUGUGAACUGGCACGAGUAUCCCCAAUGGAGUCCCCAAAGUUUGUCAACUGCUGUCCCUACUCUGGACAAGGAUGGGCUCGAUCUCCUCGAGCAAAUGUUGAAGUAUGACCCGGCAAAGCGUAUAUCAGCAAAGAACGCCAUGGAACAUCCGUACUUUGAUGAUGUAGUGAAGGACGAUCUGUGAGAUGAUAAUUAUUAGCUGGAGAGAAGAUUCCCAAGUGCUACAACAAUCAAUCCAAGCGAGGCCAAGUUUUUAAGAUCACCUUCUGUCAUGCAAGCUGAAUGACGAGGAUGAUGAUUUGUUCACUCCAAUGACAAUAGGAUAAAAAAGCUCUCUACUUUGUGCUUCUCUCAAGCAAAAUGUAACAAUUCUAUGAUGUUCUGCAAUGUUAAGAUAUCAUUAUGCCAAUAGGCGGUACUGAUGUGUUAGGCUUUGGCGGAUAGCUUGAUGGCUCUCUCUGACUUGUUUGCUUGAACAACAGCUCAACUAUUACUAAGGAACUUUUUCCUUUUUAUAAAUGUUAACUUUGCAUUGUUAAGGAACUGGUCUUGCAUGGAACUUCUUAGUUAGUCUCGUGGAAGAGAAAUCACUCUGAAAUCAUACAUCGAUGUUGGAUGGAAGUUUGAACAUUUUAUUCUCGGUAGUGAGAUAACAAGCAGAACAUUGCUGCAACUAGUAUUACUUGCCGCAAGAACUAGCUGCUCAUAGUAUUAUACUAUGCAUGAAAAGACCAUAGUCAUCUCGUUGAUGGUAUUAUACUAGUAAUACCAUUGUACACAAGCUGAAUCUGAUAGCUGCUUCUUGUUGAUUUUUGUCAUGUGUGUUCCUUUUCCUCCUCUUUGAGAAGAAGUAACAAAUCUGGGGGAAAUGC